GACGGAGAGGAGAUGCAGGGAGAGAAGUUAUCCAUGAAGUGGUGUUUCCUCGACUGUACGACUGCAGACCGCUUCUACAGGAUCGACCGCGCUCAGGAGCACCUGAACCUGGUGACGGAGAUCUCCCAGGAGGAGCUCUACAUCCUGGACCCGGAGCUGGUCUCCAAGGAGACGGUGGGCACGUCCCCCGGGAUGCCCGACCUGGUGGGCCCCGAGGGGCCGGACAGGAGGUUCAACUUCCCCGACUCCCCCAGGGCGAGAGACUUUCAGAGGAAGAGGAUCUCCAGCGACAGCUCUCUGUCCCCGAAGACCGUCCUCUGCAGGAGAGGGGCAAAGAUUAUCAAUGUCCAUCGCUCCAACACAACCCUGGCCGAUUUCAGACCUGUCAUGAGGUCUUCCUCUGCUACCUCACGUCCCUCUGCAUCAGACUCGGAGCUGAUCGACUGCAUCGAGACCAGAGACCUGAACCGGCUGACGGAGCUGCACCUGCAGGGCGCUGACCUGACGCUGCAGGACUCAGCCGGCUGCUCCCUGCUGCAUCGAGCUGUGAGGACUGGAGACACAGAGGUCCUGAAGUACCUGCUCCGGCACGUUCCCACAUCUCACCUGGACAUCACAGAGAAGGAGACAGGAGAAACGGCGCUGCAUAAAGCUGUCUCCUCCUCUCAGAGGACCAUCUGCCACCAGCUGGUGGAGGCCGGAGCCUCGCUCACCAAGACUGACCUGCAGGGCGAGACCCCCAGACAGCGGGCCGAGAACAACAAGAACCCGGAGCUGGCGGAGUAUCUGGAGAAGAGACAGAUCCAGAGGGAGGACCAGGAGACAGCUGUCUGACCUCCACCUGUCCUCCACCUGUCUGACCUCCACCUGUCCUCCACCUGUCCUCCACCUGUCUGUCCUCCACCUGUCCUCCACCUGUCUGUCCUCCACCUGUCUGACCUCCACCUGUCUGACCUCCACCUGUCUGUCCUCCAC